AUGGCAUCCUCCACUUUUACGACGACUCAGUUUACAAGCGAGCAGUUUGUCGAAAGCUGCGGCGCAAUCCUGUUCGACUUUACGCAAGAGUCACCCAAAGUCUGUCUGAUUCACUACCUUCCCAAAGACGAGUGGCUUCUUGCCAAGGGCAGACGCAAUUGCAAUGAACCACGACACCAAGCAGCGCUUCGAGAGAUGCAGGAAGAAACAGGACUUCCAUGUCAUCUCUACCCAGUCACAAUGCCCACUCGAGCCACGGCCGCGGCGGAAGCCAGCAGCGUUUCCGACCAAGCUAGAACAUAUCCCUGCCUAACUGAGCCCUUUAUGCUGACCUUUCGCGAAAUCGAAGGGAAAUCAAAUGUCAAGCUGAUAUGGUGGUAUAUUGCUGAGGUUGACGGUGAUAUUCCAGAGGGUGCUGCCAGUAGAGGAGAGGAAUGGUUCGAGAGCGAGUUCUUCCCCUUGGACGAAGCGGUGAGGCGUUUGACAUUUCAGAAUGAUCGAGAUGUUUUGAGUCGCGCUGUGUCUCUUGUAAGGAGCCAUGCUGGGGUAGAUGAGCACGAUCAGCCUUAG